CUCCGUUCUAUACGGGAAGCCAAAAUACAGAGAGUAUGGUGAGACAGAGCGGGGUGAGAAGAGAUGGGGGAUAUAAGGGGGUGAGGAUGAGGAAAUGGGGUAAAUGGGUAGCGGAGAUACGACAACCCAAUAGCAGAGGGAGGAUAUGGCUGGGCUCCUACAAUACUGCAGAGGAAGCUGCUAGAGCCUACGACGCUGCUCUUUUUUGCCUACGUGGACCUUCUGUGACUCUCAAUUUCCCAAUGAAUCCGCCGGAUAUUCCUUCGUCCACAGACCUUUCUCCGUUGCAGAUUCGGGAGGCUGCGUUUAGGCACUCGCGGAAGGUUUCUGAGACAAUGGCAUCACAGGAUUUGAGUUCUCGUGUGCCGGCGUCUGGGUUGUUCGAGGAGUCCACAGAACUGCGUGAAAAGGUUUAUUUGCCUGCUACAGAGCAUGGAAUAGAAAGUGUGGACAGGAUUGCAUGUGGCGCACAUUAAUAGAUUUUUUUUUUACCCCGCUUUAUCUUCUUUAAUCCACCGACUUGCAAGGUUCGUUCCUCGUAGAGUUCAUACGGAGUAACAGUGCCGGAAGGUAAGAAUUUUGUACGUUUGUGCUUAGUAGAGAAUAGAGAUCGUAUUGUUAAAGGAAAAUUAUAAAGAAAUCUUCUACCUUGUACAGGGUCCUACAGAUAUAAAAUUCAUGUUCGCCCUGUUUUACUUUA